AUGGAAGUUUAUGAACAAUAUUGUGCAUCAAACAAUGUUCCAGGAGAUGACAGCAUUAAAAAGGCUCUCGUAAAAGCUACAAUAUCUGGUGAACUGGUCCUAUCAGGAAUCUCUCUGAGCGCAGUAUCUUCGGCGGCCAUUGGCUCUGUUAUUAGCCGUUUGAAAAACAUUCUGAAGCUGGACAUCAGUGACUGUCUACUGCCAGCUACAAGCCUGAGUCUGCUACUGCAGAAACUGACCAACUCUCAGCUUGUGGGCCUCAAUUUGAAGGGAAACAAUAUUUUCGGUGAAGGAUUGGAUGCUCUCAGUCGAUUUCUCAUGAAGAAUAGAUCGUUGAAAAUAUUGAAGCUGGAAUGGAAUAACUUGGGCGCUUCUGUUGAUGGCUUUUCUCAGCUCUGUCACGCUCUGACUAGCAACAGCAUUCUGGAAAUUUUGGAUCUACGCAACAACGAACUAAACUCAGAAUGUGGGUUUGAACUGUUUGAUGCCAUCACAAGGAACAGUUCUUUGAAAGAACUAGAUUUGCGUUGGAAUAAUUUAGGUUCAGAAGGUGGUCAGAGUCUGUUGUCUGCUCUCCGAUCCAACAAAUAUCUGAUUGAUGUCAAAGUUCAAGGAAAUUCAAUUCCUGCCGAGAUUGUUGCAGCCAUAGAAUCGAGCGUCGACCACAACCGAGUAGCUCGCCGAAUCCAGCACGAGUACACGCAACGCAGUCAAGCGCUGAGCGAGCAAAUCGCGCACAUAGAGCAGCAGCGAACCCACGAUAUGAAAACGCUGUCUCAGCAGAACGCCACGCAAAUAAAGUCAGCACUCGAUCAGCUGACUGAGAAGAACCGAUUGGUUUGCGAAUUGGAAAUGGAACUGCAAGAUAGUCAGAUGAUCGUCUCACAGUUGGAAGCGCAGUUGAAUGCGUUGAGCUCCGAAUUGUUUGUUAAAAGAGAGAAGGUUGAGAUGCAAGAGGAGAUGAUCAAGAAAUUGGAGAAAGAGGUGAAGAGUUGUAAGGAGGAGGCUGAGAGCGAUCUGGAAGGGUACAAGAAGAUUGGCAAACUCUGCGAUCCAGAAUCGAGCGUCGACCACAACCGAGUAGCUCGCCGAAUCCAGCACGAGUACACGCAGCGCAGUCAAGCGCUGAGCGAGCAAAUCGCGCACAUAGAGCAGCAGCGAACGCUCGACAUGAAAACGCUGGCUCAGCAGAACGCGACGCAGAUAAAGUCAGCACUCGAUCAGCUGACUGAGAAGAACCGAUUGGUUUGUGAAUUGGAAGUCGAACUGCAAGAUAGUCAGAUGAUUGUAUCACAGUUGGAAGCGCAGUUAAAUGCGUUGAGCUCCGAACUAUUUGUUAAAAGAGAGAAGGUUGAAAUGCAAGAGGAGAUAAUCAAGAAAUUGGAGAAAGAGGUGAAGAGUUGUAAGGAGGAGGCUGAGGGCGAUCUGGAAGGGUACAAGAAGAAACUGAACGAUAAGGAAAGAGACUCGGUGAUAGGAUUGAAGAGCUCCAAGCCGAAAUUACUACAGAGAAGAAAUCAAGGGAAAGAAUCGAAAUACAAUUGAAGGAAUCUCUGAAAUAUAUCGAUUCUCUAACCUCAGAGAUAUCAGAGCUGAAGAAUAAAUUGAUGAACAGUGCCAGUAUUCAUGCAAAAUCGUUGGAAGAAGAACGAAAACUACACGAAGAAACAGUGGAGAAAUUACAACAGGAAAUUUUCUCACUGCAAGCGAAAAAUUUGGAAAUAGCUGAAAAAACACAGCAAGCGGCCAAUGUACGUG